AUGAAACAGGAAGAAUUAAUCCAAUAUUACCAUGAUGUCGGGGAACCGCUUCUUUUACGGAAUUCUGGAAUUUGGAAGGGUUUCUCUUCAGGAUCCGUGACACCCACGUUGGAAGGCUUUCUGCGUGCCUACUCCCUCGUGUCCUCGCGAGCUUUUCUGGUUGAUGCUUACCACGGACUAUCGAUGGUUCCAAUAGCAGAUGCGUUAGUUUUCUUCCGAGUAUCAGUGUCAGACAAUUUCUUAGAGCGGUGUGCUUUCUGUAGGUUCAAUCACGUUCAUGAGAACCAUGUGCACCUUGAGAGCGAUUUUAAUGUCUGUCCCGAAUGUGGGUCCUUGACCGAGUGCGCUCAUGACCGUGAUGGUGUUCUGGCUGAUCUUGUCAACAACAAUGCGUCAGAAAAUGAUUCAUUCUACGAGAUGGUUUCCAAUAUUCCCAUACCUCCACACAGUGAGGUAUUCAACACAUACGGGGACAACUUAACGAAUGCACAACUGCUGACGCGCUAUGGGUUUACUUUGGACGCAAACGAGAACGACAACCUGACUUGGACUAUAGAUGAGGUCUCUCAAAUUUGUAAACAGCUGGGAGAGCUGUUGCGAAUAAUCAACGACGAUUUUACUGUAAAUCAGCUUCAGGAGAUCUUUUGCCAGUCGCAACUCAUCUACAACACACCGCCUGGUUUAUUCCUGGGUAUCAAUGGGGAUGGCAGAGUCUCUGACAAGUUAUGGAUUCUACUUGGGCUACUUUCCUCGGAUCGCGGGACAUCUGCCGGACCAACCGCUCUCCUCCGACGCCUUAUUGAUCUACAGCUCCUUGUGGAGUCUCAGACGCAAUUUUCGGACGAUAGCGACUCCGAGAACAACCAAAGUAUACCCCUUGGCGCUGACCCCGCUUUAUUAGAUAUGCUGUUGAAGAUGGCCUAUUCGAUUGUCAGUCUUUGUGGAGCGCGAAAGCGGAAUGGGGGCGUACCAGCCUCAGAAUAUCAAAACCUUGGUGACGUCUUAGAUGCUCUACCUCCAGCUCAGAGUCGGACAAGAACAGCGGUCGCCGUCGUUAUGAGUGAGCGAUCAAUACUGGAUAGUUGUGAGGCUGCGUGGAUAGAUGUGUUAACUGCUGUACGGCGGCGUGUUGGUUAA